CGGAUCCGGCGAGGGCCGGCGCUCCCCGCCGCGCGUUAUUCAUGGCGCGGGGCGGGCCGGCGGCCGCGGCGCUAUAUAGGGCGGACGGACGGACGGCACGGGGGACAGCCGGGUGCGGAGUGGCGGGGAGUGCAGCAGGGCAGCGCGGCUGGCAGGCAGCACGGGGAAUAAAACGAAGGGAACCUCGCUUUUUUUCUUUCCCCCCCCAUCUCUGUUUUUCCCUUCUCGUUACUUUCUCCUUUUCUGAAACGUUUUUGGACUAAGUUUUCUUCAGACCGUCUGGGCUUUUUUUUUUUUUAACUUUUAACUUUUGCGAAGGUUUUUUUUAUUAUUAUUAUAUUUUUUUUCCUGAGUGUUGUGUGUGGCAAAAAAAAAAGGGGGGGGGGGUUGAUAAAAGUUACUGUCGAGCCAAGUAGUUCAGGCGCUGUGCAGGGAGGAGGUGGGAGAAGAGAAGAAAAAAGUUGCCUUUGUUGCUAGCGAGCUUUCGGUGCCUUGAUGUGACUGCGGGCAGGCGACUGCAGAGAGUGCGGGCAGCGCGGCUUCCCGCCUCCUCCCCGCCGGCAGGCUUUGAGCGGCUCCGCUCCCCGCAGCCCCUCGGAAGCGGCUCGGGCCGCUCCGCUCCGCUCCCUCCGCCCGCGGCGGCGUGCGAGGGCCCGGCCGGGCUGCGCGGGGGCGGCUCCCUGCGGCCCCCUCCGCCGGUUGCCAUGGUGCCGCGGCCCGGCGUGCUGUGGGCAGUGGCGGCGGCGGCGCUGGCGCUGCUGGUCCGGCGGGCGGCGGCGGCGCUGGCGGGGCCGGUGGUCCGCUGCGAGCCUUGCGACGCGCGGGCGCUGCAGCAGUGCAAGCCCCUGCAGCCCGACUGCGCCGAACGGGUGCGGGAGCCGGGCUGCGGCUGCUGCCUCACCUGCGCCCUGCGCCCGGGGCAGCCCUGCGGCAUCUACACGGAGCGCUGCGGCGCGGGGCUCAGCUGCCAGCCGCGGCGGGAGGAGGCGCGGCCGCUGCAGGCGCUGCUCGAGGGCCGCGGGCUCUGCACCAACGCUACGGCGGGCGGCAAGCUGCGGGCGCUGCUGCUGCCGGGACCGCACGCUGCAGGUAAGGGGCUGCGGCCGGGAAAUUUCAGUGAUUCAGAAGAAGACAGGAGUACCAGCAGUGUAGAAAAUCAGGCCGUUCCAAACUCUCACAGGGUGCCGGAUUCCAAAUCACAUCCACCACACAUCAAAAUGGAUAUCAUCAGGAAAGUGCAAGCCAAAGAUACACAACGCUAUAAAGUUGAAUAUGAUUCGCAGAGUACGGACACACUGAAUUUCUCUUCUGAAUCCAAACAAGAGACUGAAUAUGGUCCAUGUCGUAGAGAAAUGGAAGACACUUUAAACCACCUAAAGAUUCUGAAUGUCUUGAGUCCCAGGGGCUUUCAUAUUCCAAAUUGUGACAAGAAGGGCUUCUACAAGAAAAAGCAAUGUCGCCCAUCCAAAGGCCGAAAAAGAGGUUAUUGCUGGUGCGUGGAUAAAUAUGGACAGCCACUUCCUGGGUAUGAUGGGAAGGAAAAAGGAGAUGUCCACUGUUAUAACUUGGAAAGCAAAUGA